AUGUUUGUUUCUCUGAAUGUUCUGGUGGCACCAGCUUCGUUUAUUGCAUCGGCCGUUGCCACCAGUGGGCCGACUUUCGCUCGUGCUGCAGGCGACACACGGAGCGAUGAUACUACAGUCUUCUUCGAGAAUGACGGCAACUGGACAUCUCAUGGAACCAAGCCUAGCGCUCUAUUCAUCAACACGCCCUCGAGUUAUGCUGAUGCCAAUGCGGUGUGUGCAGCACAGAAUGAGGCAUUGCUGAGCUGCGAGGAAUAUGCCAACUACGAGAACCUAUUCAGUUACCAGCAAUACCUCGGUAAAAUCACUACUGAUCAACUGUUCUGGUCAUCAUGCUCUUCCUCAUCCCCAACAUCGUGGCGCGGCGUUGUUCAAAGCAGCACGAAUUCGACCUCCGAUCUUCCCUUUCUGUGUACCAACAGCGCUCCUCUUGUCGACAAAGUAGACACGGAUUACUUUGGUUUCCCCCGUGUAAAUGUCACUUACAACGGUACGACUUUCGAGGGCAUGAGGGACCACAUGGCAUUCCGCUUCGCUGGCAUUCGCUUUGCUCAGCCCCCGACGGGGGAUCUACGAUUCCAACCUGCGCAGCCGUGGAAUCAUACUAUUACGUAUGUGAACGCCACGAGUUACGGACCGGCCUGUUUGCAGUUUGGUUACUUCGAUGGCAACUCGUAUGGUCUGAACCCCUGGGGAAAUAGUGAAGACUGUCUGUUUCUCAACGUCUGGACGCCACAUAUCCCAUCAGCCGACUCCUUGGAUCCUGACAACGGGAAGCCCGUGAUGGUUUGGAUCUAUGGUGGUGGGGAUACCCAAGGCUCGGCCGCUGACUCCACUUUUGAUGGGGCUAGUCUUGCGUCUCGCUCUGAUGUUGUGGUUGUCUCGUUUAACUACCGCCUCAACAUAUUCGGCCUUUUGGCUCUAAACGAUGGUGAGCUCAACGGCAACUACAUGAUGACCGAUAAGAUUCAAGCAUUGCGCUGGGUUAGGCAAAACAUUGCUGGAUUCGGAGGCAACCCGAGAAACGUGACAAUAUUUGGGCAAUCCGCUGGCGGAUCAUCAGUUAAUGAUUUGAUCACAUGUCCCGCGAUAAUUGGCGAAGACCUCUUUCAAAAUGGCAUCGUCCAGUCAGGAAAGUCGAAUGUCGCUACUGCUGAAGUCGCCGCAGCUUACGCCCUACCCUAUAUUGAGAGAUUCUGUAACGGCACAGCCACGCAGCGGGCUUCCUGCCUGCGGUCAUUACCCGCGGAGACCCUGCUGGAUAUCAGCAAUAACAGUAUCAGUUGGUAUACUGUCAUCGACGGUCACUACUCGGCGGACUACACGCAAGCCCGAUAUGCACUCGGGGCACUGUACAUCAACUCAGUCAACGUCCUAACGGGCAACAUGCUCGAAGAAUACCAGUCGCUCGCAACCACAACUCUCUGGCCUAGCAUGAGCAACUUCAGCGAGGCAUUAGAGAUCCUCAUCAACGACGCCGCCAUCAACGAAGCCCAAGCAGAAGCGGCCCUCAACUCAGGACUCUACACAAUAACCAACAACACGGUCUACAACAGCAGCACAACCUACACCUCGGUCUACAACGCCUCAGUCCACCUCGGCACCGAAGGCCAGCUAUACUGUGACGGCACACUCCUGCAAUGGAUUGCAGCCGCCUCCUGGGCCUUCAAGUCCCACUGGUUCUACAUCCACAACCGAGGCUACGCACUCAGCUACUAUGACUUUUACGACCUGUGUACCUUCCCCGUAGGAAAGCCAGAUACUCCAUACUACCGCUGCCAUAGCAGCGAUCUGUACGAGGUCUUCGGCACAUACUAUAUCUUCGAUCAGCCCGUGCGAGUGCCCGACGACAUCUACUACACCAACGCGAUCCAGGAUAUGUGGGGUGCUUUUGCCCGGACUGGGAACCCGAAUGUCGAUCCGGCGUACUUGAAGGCGCGAUCAUAUGAUUCGACGAUUGACUUCUUCUUUGGCUUCGAGUGGCCGCAGUUUACGGUGAAUAGUCCGAGGGUUGCGUCGUUGCAGUACCCCGGGCCGCAGGUGUCUUCGCUGCCGUAUCAGGAGCACUGUGAGGUGCUGUUGCCGCAUGUGACGAAUCCGAGUGCUCCUAAUGCGACUGCACAGCAUUUUCCCACUCCCUCAUCACUGCUGAGCACAUUCAGCACCCAUUCCAUCCAAGAUAUGGAUAUUUUCACACGUGCCCAAACGAGCUUUCUCUCCUGGAAACAUGGAACACCACUCCCAUCUGGGGCCUGCGCCUCCCCAAAGUUCCAGUCCUGGCAUACUUUUGACCCUGUCCAAAGUUGGAUUACCACUCGCUCCGACAUCGAUACAGAUACACCAGCAGACCCAGCUGGGGGUGCCGAUACCUCAAGGCUUGUCCUGCUGACAUGGAAUAUUGAUGGAACGUCUCCUCAGACUGAGAAACGCGUUACAGAAAUAAUCACGUGUAUUAUCGGGUUAGAUCCCCGAGAGGAUAUCAUUUUCCUCCAAGAAGUGUCAAAGCCAGCCCUCCAGCAAAUCUUGAAAGACGAGCGGGUUCGCGAGCUCUGGCUUUCGAGCGAAUGUGAAGACACAUCAUGGGGCGAUCAAUCGUUUGCGGUAAUGACCUUACUGUCUAAGGCACGCUUCACGACAAACGCCGCCAUAGGACCAAUUUGGAGGGUGAAAUUCCCGAGUCACUUUGCUAGGGAUGCUCUCUGCUGUGAUAUAUUCGUCGCUUCAUCUAAGGAACCCAGUCCAACACGGUUGCGUCUAGUAAAUGUUCACCUAGACUCUUUGCCAAUCAAACCUUCCCACCGACCCAAGCAGGUAUCUAUUGUUGCAUCCCUCCUUCGCGUCGCAGGUCAAGGUCUAGUCGCAGGUGACUUCAACCCUGUCCUCGAUGAGGACAACGGCCUUCUAGAAAAGAACGGCUUGGCGGAUGCUUGGACAGCUCUUCGGCCCGGAGAACCUGGCUUAACUUGGGGCCUAGAUGGCAAGCAACCAUUCCUUCCCAAUCGGCUUGAUAAAAUAGGUAUACUCGGGCUGCGACCGCAUGACAUUAAGACAAUUGAGCCGAAACCGAUAAGCGGAUCUUCUGACGAUGAACCCUUAUGGAGUGAUCAUCAUGCUUUGGUCGGUUCCUUUGGCUUGGUGGAUGAGUGA